AUGGCGUGGUAUUCUCUUCUCCCGGAAUACCUCAAAACAUGGGAAUCAUGGAUUUCCAGAUUCUUCAUUCUGCUCGGUAUCCUGAUGAUCGGUCCGUGGGCAGCAUUCGUCGUAUUCGACCUGGUAUAUUAUGUGAUUCGUGUCGUCAGUUAUGAAAUUCCUAUUAUUGGUGGUCGAGCCCAAGGCCAGCGAAGACCGCGAGCUCCGUCAUUGACAGAGCGUCCGAGCGGACGUCGAAGGGCGUUCAGUCUGCGGGGGGAAACACAGGAGGGGAUACCAUCAUCAUCAUCAUCAUCAACAAAAGCUCCACCGGAAGGGUUGAAAUCGAGGCAUACUCAGACACAGGGUGAAGAUCACUAG